AUGCGCGUCGCCGGCCCGCCGCGGCGGGCAGCGGGUGAGGGGAUGUCGCCGCCGGGGCCGGAGGACGGCGGCGGCGGGCCGUGCCUGCGCUCCGUCAACACGCGUGAGCUCUCCGAGGUGGUCUUCAACAACCGCAGCCCCCGCUCCGUCCUCCCCGUCUGGGUGGAUUUCGAGGGCAGGCCGCGCAGCUACCCGGUCCUGCAGCCGCGCACCGGGCGGAUCAUGCACAGCUACCGGGGUCACCUCUGGCUGUUCCGGGACGCGGGGACGAACGACGGGCUCCUCGUCAACCAGCAGGAGCUGUUCGUGGCGGCUCCCAACGUGAACACAGCAGACAUCACCCUGCCAGUGUUCACCCUGAAAGAGAGAUGUCUCCAGGUUGUUCGCAGUCUGGUCAAACCAAUGGACUACAGGAAACUGGACAUUGUUCGAUCGUUAUAUGAAGAGCUGGAAGAUCAUCCUGAUAUUAGGAAGGAUCUUCAGCGGCUUUCUCUGGAGAGAAGUGAAACAUUGAGGAACGGAAUUCUGGAAUAACAUGACAACUCACUCCAGACUCUUCAAGUAGCAAACCACUGAGUUUAAGCGGGGAUAGUCACCACGAAACAUGCCAAGAACUAACGUUUGUAUUUUAAGUUCUGAAACAUAAACUCAGUUAAAUUGCGGAAAACUUGCCGCGAUGGUAAGUCAGACCCAAAAGACUAAAGAGCGCACAGAAGUACAUCAGGUUCCCAAUGGUUCAGUUCUGUUCUUCAUUACACGUAUUGCAAACCGAUGACUGUAGAGGCCUCGCGCGGGCGAAGCUCAGAGAAGUUUUAUUUGGAACACUGCAUAUGGACCAGGUCAUCUCUGGUCUUCAAGAGGUCAGGUCAUCUCUUUGGAGAAUAUGCGUACAGAUCAACGUUCUCUGUAUUAGAAAGUAAAUUACACCAAGGAUUAGUUUAAUCCAGACUCUAAUGAUUAUAAGUGGCAGAUCAACACCAGUUUAGCUUAAGUAAUUUGUUUCCGAUGGAAUUUCACUCUCUCACACUUAGCCUAGAUUUGCCUGUGAAUCACAAAGCGUGGGGGGUGUUUGUGUACACAAGGGUUUCCAUCACCACCUUCUGAGGACCUGACCUGAAAUGUUACAUUGGUGGACAGAUGACAUGUAUAAAUGCUUGGGGUUUUUUCAGCCUCUUGCCUUUGCAUUUAUAAGCUCAUGUCAUAUCAACUCUGAGGCUGACACAUUUUUACACAGAUCAUACCCUGAAUGCCUUAUUUGUCCUUUGUGAUUGGAUUCUUGCCUAGCUGAUCUCAAGGUGAUCAACCCAGUCAGCCGUAUAGACUGGAUCCUAGCUUGGGGACACCUUUCUCCUCCGCAGCUGCUUCCCCAGCUGCCUGUACAGGCAUAUUGGGUAGCAUUCCUAGAAGGUAGAUGCUCCGAGUUCUACCUUUUUCCCAUCGCAGUGCAAUAGUUCAGGUCAUAGUGGGAGGCCUUUUUGGGGAGCGUGGACCGCUCAAGCUGCUUGUGUCUCCUAAGGAACAGACAGGAGACCAUAUCAGCUCCUACAGGCCUUUUAGAUCCAGCUCACAGACAGAUCCAUGCUUUAUUACAGGCUAGAUAAGCAAAGAAAACAUUUCUUUACCUAUAUUCUGUUCCCCCCAUACCUCAAUUAGAAUGUAUUUUUGUGCGAAUGUACCCAUGUAAUUCAAAGCAGCGUAGUUUUUAGCAGAUAUGUGAAUUGUCCACCAAGUAACCGAUGUAGUGCUGUUCAAUGUUAGAAGCGGAUUGAUAGGAGAUUAUAGCAGGUUAUUUCUGUGGCAUACGUUUCUUUCCAGUUUUAUGUUCUAAGAAACACAGCUGUGAAACUGAGAAUAUCAACGUACUCUGUAAGUAUGAAAUGUCUCCCCUUAUUGUAGACUUGUUUUUCUUACAUAUUUGAAGUGUAUGAAUUGAUCUUUGUCAUAAAAAUGUAAAUCCAUGCUAA